CAUUGCGUACUUCUUGUCCCAGGCCCCUCUCUCUCUCUCUCUCUUUAUGCCCGUCGCGCUGCUGCGAAAAUGGCUGGAAGCUGCAGCGGUGGUGCCCGCUGCAGAAACAACAUGCCCGAGUACGAGACGACAGACCUCAACACCCAGGUCCUCCACGUGAGAUCCUUCGGAGCCCUUUGGAAGGCGAACUUGCGCGAGGAAGACCUGUCGCUGGAGCAGGCGGUACCUGCAGACGAGGAUGCUGCGGUAGCCGAAGAUUUUCACUGCACGCCGGAGAUUGCAGCCGAGCUGAGGGCUGUAUGCAGAAUUGAUGCGCUGAAGAGUUCUGGUAAAGAAGAUACAGAAGUUAUACCUGAAGACACUAGCUUAAUAACCCUCAGAGUUAGACAGAAGGCUCUGGAGAGGCGAGAAGAAACUAUAACUGUAGAUCGUGCAUGUAGACAAGAAACGUUUAUUUAUGAGAUGGAGUCUCGUGCAAUUGGAAAGAGGCCAAAGGAUCCAGUAAACUUAGUUAAGGAGGCAGAGCUUGUUCUAACCCUCAGUAUUUUCUAUCCAGUUAUAUUUCAGAAGCAUAAGCUCCGCAAGCCAUAUCAGACAGUGUUGGUUCUAGGCAGCCAAAAACUUACCGAGCUGAGAGACUCCAUUUCCUGCGUCAGUGACCUUCAGAUUGGUGGGGAGUUCAGCAGUCAACCUGAUCAAGCACCAGAAAACAUCAGCAAGGAUCUCUACAAGUCUGCCUUCUUUUAUUUUGAAGGCAUUUUUUACAAUGACAGAAGGAACCCGGAGUGUAGAGACUUAAGCAGGACCAUUAUUGAGUGGGCAGAAUCUCGUGACAGAGGCUAUGAGAAUCUUCAAGCUGCUAUAAUGGAAGACUACACAUUUAAUGACUUGAACAUCAAAAUAGGUUUUCCGUACCUUUACUGUCACCAAGGAGAUUGUGAACACAUUGUCAUAAUCACAGAUAUCAGGCUUAUUCAUCGGGAUGACUGCCUGGAUAGGAGCCUCUAUCCCUUGUUGACCAAGAAGCAUUGGCUUUGGACCAAGAAAUGCUUUGUAUGCAAAAUGUACACAGCCCGAUGGGUGACCAAUGAUGACAGCCUUGCUCCACAAGACCCCUCUUUCUUCUGUGAUGUCUGUUUCCAAAUGCUCCACUAUGAUGCAGAUGGCAACAAAUUAGGAGAGUUCCUUGCUUAUCCUUACGUUGAUCCAGGGAUUUUUAACUAAGGCUUUGUCAAGAAGGAAGAUGUCAGACUGUACUGUGAUCUGCUUCAGUAGCUGCCGAAUGUUGCAUCAAAUGCUGAAGUUAAACAGUGGCCAUAUUGUAUUUUUUCAGUUCUGUGUGUAUGUGUGUGAGAAUUUGUUUAUUUUAUAUAUAUGGGAUAGUAUCAAUUUCAGAUGUCUCUUAGUUGCUUUUAUUGUAUUGAUGCUUUUAUUUAAACAUUAAAUGAGCACAAACUAUA